GCUAGCAACAUUCUCGCAUUCUAUUACCCUCAUAUACGCCAUUUCCAUUAAAGUCUAAAAGGCUAUUCACAGCGAGCUCUGUACCAAAGAUGGUUUAUCCACCUUCCCAAUCGAGCGAGGAGAGUAACCUAAGGCCGAUCCCAGUUACGGUUCGUUGCCGAUAACACACCGUCGUAGACCGCUGGACAAAACGAUGGCCUAUCUUCAUAUGCAUGUCAGCACAGCACCCUCUCACUGCUUUACUCAACAUCAAUUUCUCCCUUUUCUUUACCAGUCCACACGCCGACCGCGAUGGAGAUAGCACCAAGCUCUUUGCCCGCCGAGGCAUCCGGCGCGGUUUCUGGCGUCGCGGAAACAGCAGACGACGAUCCGUCUAUUGGGCCAGGCAACGAUGGCUGGAAACCCACCAAACGCUUUCUCCUAGCUUUCAUGUCGCUGUUGACCAUCGUGUCGGCCGUAGCGAUUGAAUCGACCAGCUUGCCCACUGCGCUGCCGAUCAUGAGCGCGGAGCUAGGGGGGACUGCUUUGCAGGCGUUCUGGUCCGGGACGAGUUUCCUUCUGGCUUCGACGGUGAUCCAGCCUACUGUUGCUUCAAUGUCACAUAUCCUAGGCCGGAGAAUAAUGCUGUAUGUGAGCAGUGCUGGAUUCGUAGGCGGCUCGUUUAUUGCUGCACUUGCGGGGAACUUCAGUAUCGUGCUUGUUGGACGGACUAUUCAGGGAGCAGGAGGCGGAGGACUUAUCGUACUUUUGGAGAUUCUCAUAUCAGACCUUGUGCCUCUAGCACAUCGAGGUACUUGGUUCAGCAUCAACUCGGCCAUGUGGGGAAUCGGCACCGCUACCGGGCCCUUGAUCGGAGCUGGUUUUGCUCAGGAUGUUUCUUGGAGGUGGAUCUUCUGGAUCAACCUGCCUAUCGUUGGUGUCGGAAUGCUCCUGGUCACAUUAUUCUUGAAGCAAGCACAAAUACCCGGGCACAUUGUCGAAAAGCUGAAAAGGUUUGACUGGAUCGGCUCUGUGCUGUUCUCAGUUAGCUCCGCUUGCUUUCUGUUCGGUAUUACUACCGGAGGUGUUGCCUUUCCAUGGGCAUCUUACCAAGCUCUUCUACCUCUAAUUAUUGGGUUUUUGGGGAUCCUCUGCUUCGUUUAUUGGGAGUUCUCUUUCGCAACAGACCCUAUCGUAGACAAGCGCAUCUUCGAAACCUGGACGGCGAUCUCAGCUUAUAUCCAAACCAUGUUACACGGCCUGAUUUUAUAUGCUGCGAUAUAUUUUCUCACUCUAUUCUAUCAGGCUGUAAAGCUAUAUUCUCCAGUAACUUCGGCGAUCGCUCUACUUCCAGAGACAGUAGGCCUGUCUCUCUCAAGCGUUGCCGUGGGAGCUCUGACCGGCCUGACGAAACGAUACCGAUGGGCUCUCUGGGGGGGGUGGGUUUUAACCACCGCCGGCUCCGGCCUCUUAUACCUUUUGGGCACAGGCACCACGGCUACCCAAUGGGUAUUCCUGAAUAUCCCAUUCGGUAUCGGGGUCGGCAUGCUCUUCACGGCAGAAAUCCUAGCUAUCCAAGCUGCUACUAAACCCGAGCUUAACGGCGAAGCUGCCGGUUUCUUCUCCUUCAUCCGCAUAUUCGGCCAAGCCCUGGGCGUCGCUGUCUCUGGGGUCAUCUUCCAGAACUCAUUGAAGCAAAACCUUCUACGAAUCCCGGGAUUCGCAUCCCUAGCCGAUGAGUACUCGCGCGAUGCCACCGCGAUAGUCGCUCUGAUCCACGAUAUGGCCGACGGAGAUACCAAGACGCGGAUGAUUCAGGCAUUCUCGGAUGCGCUAAGUUCGAUAUGGCUGUCACUCAUAGCCUUCUCGGCUGCAGGCCUACUAUUAAGCGUGACGGUGAAAGGCUACUCGAUGGCACAGGAACACGUUACCGCACAACAUCUAGUUCAGGAGAAGGGCGAUACUGGGAGAGAGGAGGCUGGUACUAUGGGUACUGCCGAAACCAGGAAGUCUUGAGUAAAGGGUUUCUAGUAAUAUCUAUUGUAUUCUUUUCAGCCUAUAAGACAGGUACCUACGCAACCUUCUCAUAAGGACACAAGCUGAUCUGUGGCUUGACAUUGAAGCCGUUGGCGAGAGACUUAGAUUUAGCACAUCUGUGAUUAUCAUACAGCACAGUAUGAUCAGCCUACGGAGAACCUUUCUGUUGACUGCAUUAAAAACUGGUUUUACUA